CUAUGACACGUCAGGUAAACAAGGCUUUAGGUACGCUUAUAAAUAUUAAGUCAGAAUAAGCAUCGCAGCCUUAUCAUUUCUUUCUCUUUCAUCUUUAUAUCCUCGUAUAUAAUUUAAAAUCCCCACUGCGACUUUACUCGAGAUGCCGCCUAUCAAUACUCAUUCUACUCCCGAUACGGGUUCUCUGGCCAACGAUGUCGACUUCCCAGCCCACGCCCAAGAUACUAUCUCGUCCGUCUCAUGGUCGCCUGUCGCCAAUCAUCUAGCGGCGGCGUCGUGGGAUGGCAAGGUGCGUAUCUACGACGUUAAUGCUCACAACCUAACCGCAAAAGGAGCAGCGAUGUUUGCUGCGGCCGGCCCUGUCUUCGACUGCGACUGGGCCAAGGUAAGUCUUUCGGUUUCUUCUAACUCUACAGCGUGGAAAUAAAAAAAAAAUUGAAAUUGAAAAUGAAAACCAAUAUUGGAAUCCAAAUAGGUAAGUAGGAAUGAUGGAUGUGGCACUGGCGGAGGUAGACGGGGUCGGUAUUGAUCUGGGGAAUCAGGACGGGACUAUGGUCGCUGCUGGAGGAGCUGAUAAGUCGCUCCAUAUCUUGCAUCUGCCGACAGGUCAGCAAGUUACUCGGAACUCUCACGAAAAGCCUAUUCGUGCCGUGCGCUUCGUCGAAGUCCCGAACUCGAACACCCACAUCGUGGCGUCCGGGUCUUGGGACAAGACAGUCAAGUUAUGGGACUUUCGUCAACAAGGACCAGUCGCCUCCCUCACGUGCGACGAGCGUGUAUAUUCGAUGGACUCCAAGUCUCUCCUGCUGGUGAUCGCUACUGCGGAGCGUCGUAUCCAUCUCGUCGACCUUCGGAACCCCACCGUCUUUUCCCAAUCCCUAGAAUCCCCGAUCAAAUACCAAAUCAAGGUCGUCACCGCAUUCCCUGACGGCACGGGCUGGGCGACGGGGAGUAUCGAGGGACGGUGUGGUAUGAACACCGUAGAAAAGCUUGGAAAUAACAAUACCGACUUCUCAUUCCGCUGCCACCGCGCGCCGCAGGACCCAAAGACAAGAAUCACCCAGGUCUAUAGCAUCAACGACAUACAGUUCCACCCUGUCCAGCACGGAGUCUUUACCACAGCCGGUUCCGACGGCGCGAUUUACUUUUGGGAUCGCCCCUCCCACAGCCGGCUCCAAACUUAUCCAUCAAUCGGCAACUCCGUCACUACAACUAGGUUCAACCACGACGGCACCCUCUUCGCGUACGCGCUCGGGUAUGAUUGGAGCAAGGGGUGCGCGGCGAACAAGCAAGAGAUCGAGACGAAGCUGAAGCUUCACCGCGUUACGAAGAAGGAAAGUACUCCGAAGGAGAUAUAGGAGAAAGCGGGAUAGGAAAGAUGGGGCAUUAUACGCCUAGAAAGGAUAGGCUGUGGCAAAAAGGGGGCGUUAUGAGAUAGAUAACUCGGGGUAUAAGAGAAUUUGAGUACCUAACCUAUCGAUGCCUUAGAGUGGGCGCAAUUCCGAUUUAGGACGGGCAGUCUUGUAUCAAUGGAGGAGGAUCUUCUUUGUCAAGGGCCUGGUAAAUGUAUAUCUUGGGAGGAAACGUGGAGGUACCUAUCCAGAUGAAUUACCUAUACGCAAAACCGUCGUGUUUCACGCGGUUGGAAAGCAGAGGUUGAUAAGGUCAAAUAGACAGCUAUCGCAUCUCAUGCCUGCUUCUGUGUGUGUGAAAGGGCGAUUAGAGAAUAUAGAGUUCGCUAUAAGUCAAGUGCAUAAAUAUUCCAGACCUGGCCCGAACUCGAUUCUGCAAGAUAAGCUGUACGCCCACGGUGUUGGUAUGUCUGUAGCCUUAAGUCAUUUGCUGUUGGUACCUAGAGUAUUAUUGAUUAAUACUCCUCUUGACUAGGGUGGGUUGCAAUGAGAGCUUUAAUGAGCCGCAUUAUAGUUCAAGUACAUUCUGAGUGAAGAAGAUAUAGUUGAAAGAUCGUAUAACCGCGUAUAAGUCGCUAUACUAAAAAUGAAUGACCACGGAUAUUUACCUAAAGUUUAUACCUGCAUAUUAUACCUGGGAUCCGUCUAUAAGAGGCACCUAC